GGGCUUUGAAUUCGUUAUGGGGAACGAACCAUCCUUUGCGGACGCCGUGCUGUGCGCGUUUCUGAAGUUUACGAGGGGUAUCCUUGGAAGGGAGAGUAAGGAGUGGAAGGAAAUGGCGAGCUGGCAUGAUGGGAGGUGGGGUAAGUUGAUGGAUAGGUUUAGUCGGUACGAGUAAAAAAUGGAACCCUAACCCUAGCUUCUGUUAACGCUUUUCCGAUUGACUAUCAUGUCGACUUCACUGUGCUUGACUUUCGAGC